GUCGUCCGUUUCUAAAGCACCUCAUGUAAAUACAGUUUCCUUUACAGAGAGGAAGGAUUGACGACGAAGUAAGCGCUGGGGUCAUAGAGGAGUUGGAUUGCUGAUUGAGCAGACCCCAGCGGCCCGGGCCUAAGUCCGCGGUCUUGAGUUAAGUGCUUGGGAGGGCAAGAAGCACGUCAGUUGGGCUCCCAGCAAGAAACAAAGCUGCCUGCGAUAUCGGAGUUCGUCAUGGGCGACAGUAGAGAUUCCCGCAGCCCUGACAGCUCGUCUGUGUCGUCUCCGCCCCCUGGACAACGCUCGCCACCAUUGGCUCCCUCGGCUGCUUCCAUGACGUCUCUGCCGCCCAUCACCUCCGCGGUGAACAGCCCGAUAAGCAGCAUGGGCUCCCCCUUCUCAGUCAUCAGCUCCUCCAUGGGCUCGCCCUGCCUCCCAGGCACACCCUCCGUUGGCUAUGGUCCCAUCAGUAGCCCACAGAUGAGUAUCUAUACAAGAAGUUCAGAGAUCAACUCCACAGUGUCCAUGUCGGGCCUGCACGCGGUCAGCAGCUCAGACGAUGUGAAACCCCCCUUCGGCCUUAAGGCUCUGUCGGCCAACAGCCCCGGGGGGCCAAUGAUGUCCCAGAAGCGCCUGUGCGCCAUCUGCGGCGACCGCUCCUCCGGUAAGCACUAUGGUGUGUACAGCUGUGAGGGCUGCAAAGGCUUCUUCAAGCGCACGGUGAGGAAAGACCUGAGCUACACCUGCCGUGACAACAAGGACUGCAUGGUGGACAAGCGCCAGCGCAAUCGCUGCCAGUACUGCCGUUACCAGAAGUGCCUGGCCAUGGGCAUGAAGAGAGAAGUGGUCCAAGAUGAACGGCAGCGAUCCGUUCAAGAGGAGCGGCAGCGGAACAAGGAGCGGGAAGGAGACGUGGAGUCCACCACCGCCGCCAACGAGGAGAUGCCCGUGGAGAAGAUUCUGGAUGCCGAGAUGGCCGUCGAACAGAAGACUGAACUGCACGCCGAUGGGAGCUCUGGGGGCAGCUCUCUUUCCUCUCUCCUUCAGCCCAACGACCCCGUCACCAACAUCUGCCAGGCGGCUGACAAGCAGCUCUUCACGCUGGUGGAGUGGGCCAAGAGGAUCCCCCACUUCUCCGAACUGGCCCUGGACGACCAGGUCAUCCUGCUGCGCGCCGGUUGGAACGAGCUCCUGAUUGCCUCCUUCUCCCACCGCUCCAUCACUGUGAAGGACGGCAUCCUGCUGGCCACGGGCCUCCACGUGCACAGGAACAGUGCCCACAGCGCUGGCGUAGGGGCCAUCUUUGACAGGGAGAAUGCGCACAAUGCUGAGGUUCGGGCCAUAUUCGACAGGGUGCUCACGGAGUUGGUGAGUAAGAUGCGUGACAUGCAGAUGGACAAGACUGAGCUGGGCUGCCUGCGUGCCAUCAUCCUCUUCAACCCAGAUGCAAAAGGCUUGUCCAGCCCCAGUGAAGUAGAGUUGCUGAGAGAGAAAGUGUAUGCGUCCCUGGAGGCCUACUGUAAACAGAGAUACCCUGAGCAGCAGGGCAGGUUUGCUAAGCUCCUCCUCCGACUGCCAGCCUUGCGCUCCAUUGGUCUGAAGUGUCUGGAACACCUGUUCUUCUUCAAACUGAUUGGUGACACCCCCAUCGACACCUUCCUGAUGGAGAUGCUGGAGGCUCCGCAUCAGCUCACCUAAGCCGGCCUGACCCUGUCCGGCUUCAUCCACCUUCUCACCAGGGCUACCCGGCACCCUGCCCGCCUGCGGACCUCCCUGAGGCCGCCGGUUAAAAGAGUUCCACUCACAUCCUCCUCUUCCUCUUCUGUCUUUCUCCGUCUGCAUCCCUCUGUCAUCCGUCUCUCUUUCUCUCUCUCUCUCUCUCCGUCUCUCUCUCCUUUUCCCCCUAAGUUGGUAUUACCCCAGAGAAAGACCCAACACUGUCAAAAAAAGAAAAUAAGCAGACAAAAAAAAAAAUCACUUUUGUUUCCUCCUGAACUAUGAAAUAGUAUGUGAAGUUAAUACACACAGAAACUUUUUUUUUUUUUUUCAAGAUUGUACCUAUAGUUCCAAGUACACCACAACCUUUGCUUCAUUUUUCCUUUUACCUUUAGAUUACUGUUUGAGAGCCUCCCGAGGAAAUCGCUGGAUAAAUCCAGCCUCUUGUAGCUUCUGCGUGUUACACGAGCAUACAAAAAAAUAUGCUCAAGUUUCCUUCUUUUUUCUUUCCUUUCUGGACGGUUUGUCGGUCUUUUGGGUUAAAACCCCGAAGCCCUGCUCUCAGGGGGGCGUGAAAUUUGCGUUGGACGAUUGCUUGACCUCUCCCCUGAACUCCUAUUGGCCGGGGUACAUCUGACGCUGACUGGCCCGACCUGGCCGCUAUCGAAUCUGGACGUGACCAGAACGUGACCGCUGCGUCCACGCAAUGUUCAGGCUUUAACUUUGAAUGAAUAUUUUCUAAGUACUGUACUCAUGAAAUGAGGCGAAACCUGUUUUUAAAGGCAGUGAAAAAAAAAACAAAAACAAAAAAAAUCAGGGUUGCGCUUUGGUUGGCCCCGAACAAAACGCAAAGCUAAGGUUUUUGACUAUUUGGACAUGGUGUGCUGUUAAGGAUUUUUUUUUUUUUUUUUUUUUAAAGGCUGGACAUGAGUUUGCUUCAUGUCUGCACGUGGAUGGGGCGGGACAAAUCUUGUUCUGUUAUUUUAUUUGUUUCUUUUUUUCUUUCCAUAACUUUUAAUUGAGCCUUGUUACCGAGAGCCAUUUUUCUUUCUCGCACCAUAUGCAAGCUUUUUCUCCAUGAUCAUGUGCUGUUCUAUAGUUUAUCGGUUUUCACCACCACCAACAGUUAUGUACUCAAUACACAGUUCUGGACUUCUUAACUAACAUCCAGGAGAGAUACGUCUCACAGAAAAACCUUGACCUUUUACACUGUAAUCCUCAAACAUCCAGCAUCUCUUCCAUGUUUCCGUGGUGCGUCACAUCACUUGGUUCUCUUUUAACUCCUGGCCAAGAGAGAGAGAGAGAGAAAGUUCCUUUGAAGAUUUUACUGUUUACUGAAUCACAAACUGAAGAGGAACCAACCUCCUCACCUAUGGACACAUCCUUGUCUGCAUGCUAAAAUGGCGGUGUAACUUUAGUCGGUUCAGGACAAAUUCUGAGUCUCUCUUCCAAGACAGUGCAGUCUAGCAGCCACGGUGGAUGGAGUUCUAUUGCAGGACACAUUUGGUUGCUCGACAUGCAUUCCAUUCCUAUGGGUGCACUACUCUUGGGUGGCCCCACGUUUGACCCCAUGUUUGUGCUGUGACAGGUUAGCUCUACGACAGCUUGCAGCCCCUCACCUGGUAGCAUAGCCAACGUAUCCUGAGAAUCAACUUCGCUCCAUACUCCUGGCCUGUAGAAUAGAGGCCAGUGGAGUUUCUCUCCGUUAAGUCAUCUGUGAUUUCCGUCGUAGUCACACCUGGAACUGGUGGUUUCUUCAAGCUCGUCCCAUCAGUUAAGGCAUGACCAACGGCAACGACUGUCUAUGCAUUCGGUAGAUGAUACUCACGCAUAGUGGUGCACAAUUUAUGCAAACAAAUGAAGACACAGUUGUUCACUGCACACACGUCCCAAUAGACUGUUGGGUUUUAAAGGUUCAUGUAUGUAAGUGAUUGAGAUAUAUAAAGAUGAUAGUUGUAGACCAGCUCAGUCAAUUUAGUUGCUGAUUUUGGAGUGCUGGUGCUUAUAUUAUGAUCUUUUAUUCACUUUUUGUCAUGGCGCUGGCUAGGUCACUGAAAGACGGACGACAUGGUUGCAUUUACAUGAGACAUGCAUCAAAAUCUGUCAUCCCUAAAUACAGAGGAGUAUUGAUAUAGAGAUGAAACAGGUUGGCUGUAGGGUUACUUUGGUGCUAAUUCCAGAAAUAUGUUGAAGUAGGCACGUGUGUCUAUUAUAAUUACUCACACACACAAACAGUCACACACUUUCAUAUUAUAUGCAAGUAAAUAGUCAGUCUCAGGCUGUCUUCAUUGUAAUUGCAACCUCUACUGAGCAGACAUAUUUUAAAGCAUAUAUUUUAUCACUGUGUGGCGAGGUCUUGUCGAUCCUUUAGGUAUUGAAUGCAAGAGGCAGAUUCCAUCACAUUUACUGGUUAGGUUGGUGAUUUGCAGUUUCAAAGUUUUGAAGGUGAAAGCCCCCUAUGCUUCUGGAUGCGAGUGCUGUAAUUCACAGGUGAAAAGAAGCAGUUGUGGUGUGUGGUUGAGUUUUUAGGUUGUGAAUGUAUAAGGGGGUCGACAACUUCCUAUUGCAUCUCCUGCGUGAGUAUUUGGACUUAGCUGAUGUUUCAAGUCAACCCUGCAUGGUCUGUGUUCCGGGAAAUUUCUGUCACUGAGAAAGCUUCCCCUGAGGGAGCUUCCUCCUGAAACAGAUGUCCUGUCCUGUUGUCGCAUUAAACUGGAUCCAUCAUUACUCUGAAUAUGUGUGAUUGGGAACCUCCCCCCAAAUCCAUCUGAUGUUACAGAGGAGGUUCUCUCAACUGGGCGAGGCUCUUUUUUUGUGAUGUGUAUGUGUCGUCUUUUGCUCAGUCAUGAGUGUUUUUUUUUUUUUUUUUUUUGCGCGAUUAGUGGGCUUUUAUCUGUGUGGAACCAGGCCCUUUGGCAAGUUGAAGGACUUGGGUUGAGCAUAGGUAUUUGGGGGUGGCAGCAGGGCAGGAUGGUUGGUGUUCAUUUGGGUAGGGGACGGGAAGGGAAGAGAAGAUGCCCACAGGUUAAUGACGUCUGCUCAGACCUUGUCUGAGUUGCAACAGCCACUCGGUUGUGGCGCCCCCUGUUGCAGUGGGGGAUGUUGUGCUGAUGAGGACUGCUAGGCAUGCCCGAGCUUGAGGUCUAUGCACAGAGACUUACCAUCCAGCCUCAUACCCGUUUCCAUGCACACACGUGUCUAUAUUUAAUUUUCUUUAAUCAUGCUUCGAAAGAAAAACAAUAGAUCAGUCAAAAACGCCAAGCUGGUUAAUGUGACGCAAUGCUUAUUUAUGGAGCUGGAGCACCCAAUAGCAACGAACAAAAACAAAUCCCACUAGUUUUGUUUGUGUCUUUCCUCCCCAACUCUCUUUCCACCUUACAGGACAACAACACUGCCAAAACAGAUGAUGCAAACUUUGAGGGAGGGGAGGGGAGGGAUGGGAAUGGUCAAACCUUAAGCUUGCUUGUAUCUAUGGGUCUGGCUGUGCAGCUGAGCAGUCACACCCACCCUAUCCUCACCCCCUCUUCAUAAUAGAUGUGAAGCUCCAUAAAGCAGAGAGAGAGAGGGGGGGUCAUGGAGAUUCAGGUGGAGGAGAGAGCUCCUACCGGUGCCCUCUCUUCCAAAUACCCUGGGUGCUUUUUUUUUUUUGUUUGUUUGUUUGUUUUCCGUUUUGUUUGUAUGUCUUUCUUUUAUUAUCCGCUCCUCUGCAGAAUGCCAGAAGAGUUGGGCCCCCCGGCCCGUGAGAAUAUGCACGACAUCGCGGAUCCCCACACCACCUAUGCCAAGGUGUAGAGUUUUAGGUGGUGGCUGGGACCUUACUUGUCUUGACUGUGUCUGUCACAAAACAAAAAACAAAAACAAAACAAAAAAAGAGUGUGUUUACGUGUACACAGCGAUGGGGUGCACUGUGCGAGAGUGUGUUGGACUCUUAUAAAAAAAAAAAGAUGAAAAAAGUGUGUAUAUGAAUGAUUCUAUUCAGAGCCUAAAGGUGCACCACGAGAGCCACACCUCUAAAGCAUGACCCCUCGCCAGGAAUGAACUUGAGAAGGGGUUGGGCAGGAGAGCCCUGCCCCUUACUGGGCGUGAUUUAUCUUUUCAGAGGCAAAGAUCGAUACACCUUAUUUGCAUAGGGUGGGACAGAAACUUGAGCAGGUAUUGAUAGUUUAAUGUUAAUCGAAUAAUAAAAAAAGUACUAUUUGUUAUCUUUUUGUUUGGUUUUACUUUAGGCAUAGCAAUUUUUCUUCUCUUUUGUCUCCCACACAAAAAUAAAAUUCAAGAAAGGAAAGAAAACGACACUGCUUCUCUGUCUGUCUGGCGGCUUCCACUGCCUGUGCUUUCACAUCCGUGUGUCUCCAGGAGUGUUAAACAUGCGCAAGAACCCUUAUGUCCAGUGGGAGAGUCGCUUCUUUUUUCUGUUUCUCUCUCUUUUUUUUUUUGGUCCACUUCGUAUAUCUCUCUGACUCCAGCAUAAAUGUGGAAAUGAUUGAAUAUUUUUGUGUGUUUUGGGGGAAGAACGUGAAAAAGAAAUGAUUUCUCUUUUGUCAUUAAUUCUGAAACUGUUUCUGUUUGAUGUAUCAUGUCUGAGUAAAGAUUUUAAUACAGUA